GAUGAUGGCCUGAGCAAAGGGCAGAAUGUGGAUGCAGAGAAAAAAAGGAAGAAAGCAGAAUAAAUAAGCUCCACACCUGGAAACCUGAAGGAUCUUGCUCACCAUUGCCACAGAGAAAAAUGAGAAUGACUUACGUACUCUCGGUGUUUUUGAAUGAGCUGCCUGGCUAUGUUCUCUUUGCUGGGAUCUUUAUGCCAGUGACUUUACUCCUGCUGCUGGUAAUUGUCUACUUCAGGACUGAACUACUGGAAGUUAAUAAGGAACUGGCCAAGGCCCAAGACCCCGGAAACGCUCACCAGAAUUACUAUGGCCAGUGGCAGAAACCCAGGAGGCCUUGCAUAAAGAGAAAAAAUGCAAAAACUGAAGGACAUUUAAGGGUACCUCGCAUCUCAGGAAGCAAGAUUAAACCUAGAACUCAGCUCUGCAGGUUUCAAAAUAACCAGCUGUAGAUAAAUACCACAGAGGAAAACAAAACAGAGAGAAAUUAGUGCUGCACUGUACAAACGAAACAGCUGCUGCAGUUCAAAAAGGUCUUUUAGCAGUUUUGCUUUCUCACAUGAGGCCAAGUAAGCAGUGCUUAAAGCAGCUCCUGGGACACCAGAGACCUCCUGCAAUGUACUGACUGCAUCAGUUCCCUUCCAUGAGGCAGGAUUUUGGGGGAGGGAAAGGACCUUGCACACUACCCCUUCCCUGGCCUACUGAGAAUAAAGCUGUCUAACAGGUUCCUGAGAAAGCUGAGCUGGCUUAUAUAAGGCAGGCAGUCUAAUUCAAUUGAAGAUACAUAAAUAGCAAGCACUAACAUCUAGGAAAUUGAGAAGGGAACACUUUGUACACUUUGGGAAGAUUUGUGAAGUUUUGCAUAGAAUUUGGAAGCAAAGUGGAACAAUGAAGGGAAACAAAAGGACUGCUCUCUGCUGACUGACCAUGCCAAAUUCUGAAACCAUGGAUUCAUUCAGUACUCCACAAACCAGCUAUCAUUCCAAUUUAAGGACAAACUGAUGAUUUUUCUAAUUAAAAACCCCUAAGUAUGGACCCUU